AUGGGUAAGAAAAUAGUGGCCGAAUGCAAUGACCUAUUCGAGAGUUUCGCCCAUUCCGACAUUGACCAUCGCGCCAUCGAUAGGACUUCCAUUCCCGUUUCUAGUACUUCCUCGGCCGGUCGAGGAGUACACCAAAUUAGCUUGGAUAAAUUGAUGGUUGCGGCGUUGGAAAACCUUGAGAGAAGGCUUACCAAUAGGAUGAACGAUUUAGAGAAGAGGGUCGAUAGGUGUGAGGUGUGUAGAGGGGGUCACGAUACCAUAGAUUGCCCCACACUCACGGUUGAGCAGGUAGAGUUCAUAGCCAAUAGAGGUCCAACAAACCCUUUCAACAAUUCAAAUUUAGGGUCCAAUUGGCGUAGUAACACCUUCCAUCUUCCGGUUCAGUUUGGUAGUUCAGGUUCAGGAGGUCAGUUCAAUAGUGGGGGGUCAAACAGUCAAGGUUCAAACAACCAAGACUUGGGUAGUGGUCUAGAUGAGAUUAAAGCUAUGUUAUCCCAAAUACUAGUUGAGAAUCAAGCAACCAAAAGGACCUUAGAGGCCACUCAAAGAACCCUAGAGGACCAUGCCAUAUUUUUAAAGAACAAUCACUCCAACUUUUUGGACCUUCAAAGGCAAGUCAGUGACAUAGAUCGUCAAUUGCAAGAAAGGUGUUGCGGUCAGUUCUCGGGUAACUGCCAACCCAACACAGUCAAUCAUCAUGUUAAAGCUAUAUCUACUAGGUCGGGUCUAGAGUUAAGAAAGGUUGGUCCACCACCGGUUCGAAUAGAGGAAGAGGAGCCGAUGGAUGACGAGAUAGAGCUAGAGGCACCUCCACUAGAAAAGAGUGUUAGGAGUCCGGUUAAGAUAGUUAGACCGAGUCCUGAGAUUGAUCAUGCUCAUGCUCCUUAUCCUGAACGUUUAAAGAACCAAAAAUUCCUAGACAUGUUCAAACAAUUUCAGAUCAAUCUACCGUUAAUCGAAGCCCUCAAGCAUAUGCCGAAAUAUGCUAAGUUCUUAAAAGAAAUCCUAAAAGGGAAAGAUAAGUUAGAGGAAAUUUCGAAUGUCUCCUUGAAUGUCGAAUGCUCUGUCGUGGUCAUGAACAGCCUACCGGAGAAACUAACAGAUCCGGGUAUCUUCAUGAUCCCGUGUUUGUUUGGUGGUGAUGUUCAAAACCACGCAUUGGCCGACCUUGGUGCUAGUAUUAAUUUGAUGCCAUAUUCAUUUUAUGAAAAACUAGGCCUUGGUGAUCUAAAAUCCACUCGUAUGACCCUAUCUUUAGCGGACAAAACGGUUAAGUAUCCCCGGGGAAUUGUAGAGAAUUUGUUAGUAAAGGUCGAUAAGUUUGUCUUCCCGAUGGACUUCGUAGUACUAGACAUGGAAGCCGAUGAAAACGUACUGUUGAUUUUAGAACGUCCAUUCUUGAACACAUCCAAAGCUCUAAUAGAUGUCUACUUAGGCACUAUCACACUUCGAGCGGGGGAGGAAUCGGUAGUUUUUAAGGUUACCAAAUCGAGAGGGUCGAAUGAUAGAGUGGAGGCAGUGGUGUCGGUAGGGAAGAGUGGGAAAGAUAUGAGAAGUGAGAAAGAGGUGGUAAAUGGUCCUAGUCUAGAGGAAGCGAUAGGACCUAAGUGUGGGGAUCCACCUGAUAGGAGAGUUAAGGAUUUAGAAAAGAGGGUAAAAAGGUUCAAACCGCCCGAUGAUGAGUUGAGAGGUUGUGAGAGGUAUGGAGGAGUUUGGGGAGAUUCGGGUAAUUAUAGGUAUGAUGGUGCUAUAGCCCGUGAGUCUUGGUAUGGAGGUGAGCUGCGUCUACAUGAUCCCCCGUGA